GUUAUUUAAAAAUCAUAUAUCAUAACAUAAAUUGGCAAUCAUAAAACGUUUUAGUUGGGGAUAUUCAAUAAUGAAUUUAAAAUUCCUUACGGGAACGCUUAAUUUGUAUUUCCGUUUUUCCAGCAUUUUCUUUAUAAUUUAUUUCUUUAUGCUCCUUUUGCUUGUCAUGCAGAAAAUUAUAGAUAGGAAUGUGUAUUCAGAAGUAUGAUAUCCCAUUUUCUUUUUGUUUAACCAGAAGCCAAUUUUGUUUCUCCCUGAGUAGAUAUAUAAGUCUUGUAGUGUAUCAAUGACAGAUUGAAUAAUUGAAAUGUAUAUAUUAUCAUAGGGAUGAUGGCGACUCAUAGUGGAACUACCGAUGAUCUUCUCUCCAAGUUGGCUGAAGACAUCGAGACGGGUGAACAGAUGGAGGGCUUAGGACGAUCACUUGGAUUCAAACAUGCAGCUGUCAAUAGAUACACAGAGACCAACAACAAGGGAGACCGGGCCACCUGUAAGGGAACACGUGACAUGCUGUUUGACUGGAGACAGACCGUGGAGCCAGCAUUUCAGCAUUCCAGGCUGAAACAAGCUCUCAUUGAUGCUCAUCUAGUCAUGCUUGCUAAAACUCAUCUCGAAGGGGUUUCAAGUACUCCAGAUAUAUUCGGCAAGAAGAUCUCAGAAUCAUUGACUGUGGGACAAUGUCGUGAGAAGCUGAGACACAGGUACCUCGAUAAAUUGUGCAAAAUUCAACUGAGGCCCUGGGAUAAAUCAAAUUACGCUGAGCUCAAAGAUUUGCAUACGGUCGUAACAAUGAUGAGAAAAGACUCGAGUGGAAAAAAUACCAAAAAGAAAGAAGAAUUGGAGGGCUCUGUUGAUAAGAUAUUCUCUACCAAAGUAAACGGGAGACUGCCAUCUCGAAUCCUUAUAUCAGCUCCAGCUGGAGUAGGGAAGACAACAGCUGUUGCAAAGAUAGCGUACGACUGGGCUCAAGAAAAAAAAGAAUCGGCAUUGGAGCAGUUGCCACUUCUUUUUGCUGUUAGAUUUCGUAACACAGGCCACAUGACAUCGAUUGGGGAAGCCAUCAAAGCUCAGCUUUUAAGCGACGUCCAUGAUCUCAAACCGGACGAUAUAGAGAGUUUUAUCCGUGAAAAUCAAGAGAUCUGUCACAUCAUACUUGACGGACUGGAUGAAUAUGCCGGUAUUUCUUCACUGAACAAUAUUGUCAGCGUCAUUCGAUGUGACGAGUUUCCACAAUGUCGCGUGCUUAUAACAACACGCCCUCAUCUAGAAAGCUACUUCAAUCAUGAUGACCUUCCGAGGGUAUACACUAAAAUGUGGAUCGAAGGAUUUUCAAUGGAGAGUUCCAGAGAGUACAUCGAUAGAUUCUUCACACUGUCUUCGAGCGAUGAAAAGAGGGAUAAGCUGAAAGAAUACCUCAACGACCAACCACUCAUCGAUGAACUUGUAAAAACACCCCUCUUUUGUCUUAUGAUCUGUCACCUGUGGAGUGAAGAUCAACUAGGAAGUGAUGUCAGUACCCAAACAGAUUUGUUUGACAGUGUAAAUACAUUUUUAAUGCACCAUGCAAAUGCUCGCUCAGGUUUAACAUUCACUCACAAAAACUUAAAUGGGAUCGUCAACGAAAUUGGCAGAGUUGCGCUCUACGGUCUACUCGAUGAUGCCAAAAAACUAAUCUUCACGCUCCGAGAUUUCCGAAGAGUUCCUUGUAUCCUCGAUAAAGCAUGCGAGAUCGGAAUAGUAUCAAAGACGACAGUGCCAAUCACAAACCUUCCUCAGUCCGACGAGACCACUUCCACUCAAAUUGAAUUUUAUCACAAAUUAGCACAAGAACAUUCGGCGGGUAAAUUCAUCGCCAGUGAAACAUGGCGCAUACUAUUCCGGUUAAGAGUAUCUAAGUUGGACCGAAUAUUGUGGAAGAUUAAUUCAAACAUCGGAGACUAUGAGCAACUCAUCCGAUUUGCUGCUGGCACAGACAGGCACCUAGGAAUACGAAUAAUGGAGGCACUCCUUGCAAACGAGCAUUUGGAAGAGAACGAACGGUACCGCAUUCUACUUGACUGUUCAUCAGAGUCCAAGGAUAGUGGAGGAAACAUGUCUUCGUUGGUUCAAAGAUGUGUCACUGCACAGAGUAUGAUUCUUAAGUCACCAACUAUGUAUACUGUCGUUGGGCUGCAAAAUCUUCCCAAGCCACUGCAACGUGAGGUAAAAACAAUGAGGUUCGUGGAGUCUGUGCUUACGGCUGACGUGGCCAGACGAAUGUGGUCCUGUCUCAAAUCAUUUCCUAACUUACAUACCAUCAGCAUCAGAGACACUUCUGUAAGUGUUCCAUCAUUUCUUCCAGAGCUCCCAUCAGUUACUCGUCUGUUAGCCAAGAGAAUUACGCCUAGCUGUUACACAAGCGUACUCUUAUCUCUACCUCAUGCAAGGGAGCUCGAUGUAUCCAUCGUAAUUGAAAAUACGAGCAACACUUUCGAGAUGAAAACCGAUACUAACCGUAUGAAUCAAAUUGUACAUAGUCCACCCGAUCUUCAAACUAUCAAAGUGACACUUCAACAAUGUGUGUCACAGUCAGUGGGUGAAGUCAAUUUGGGAUUGAAAUCUGGAGGUCUUGCCCUUCUAUUUGGAGAACAAUCUCGGAAUCAGCACCUACUAUCUGUUUCUGGUGAUAUGGGCAGAUACGGAGAAACCCUGGUUGACCUGUUUGUCAAGACGACACAACUUACCUACUUGAAUUCUCCGUAAGUACUUUUUCUCUCAUUAACAAAACCAGAUCAACUUCCUACCCCCCCCCCCCCCCUCACUGAUCCACAUUUUGGUGUUUAAUUUAGAUCGUAAUUUACUCCAUGAUAUGUAGCCAAGGUUUUGCAAGACAGUGAGGAAGCUUUGCUGGGUGUCAUGGACUCUCAUUAUAUAUAUAUCUUAAUUUGCUUUGUUCAGUCAUAUAUUCCUUCUCGUUUUUUUUGUUUUAAAAACAGGUAUCUACAUGUCUUUGAGAAAGUCGUUGUUUUAUCAUUCCAAUAAAAUUAUAAGAGCUAACAUGCAAAAGGGACUAAAUCCAGUUUUAUCAUUUGGCAUUUUCUUGCAUGUUUAAAUGGGCAUUCACCAUGUGCAUAAAACUGA